GCGUGCUCGCCUCCCAGCCAAGUAUAAAGCCCGGGGCGCAGAGCUGAGAAGAGCACGUUAAGAGUAUCGAGGCAUGGCUGAAGGUCAGGUCCCGUUCUCCUGCCAGAUACCGGGCAGGCACAGAACCAGCAGGGACCCCUUCCGAGAACCUCGGUUCCUGGACGAGGAGUUCGGCAUGUCGGCUUUCCCCGACCACUUCACGGCCGGUUGGCCCGACUGGGCUCGCCCCAGGCUCACCUCAACCUGGCCCGGACCCCUGAGGUCGUCCUUUAACGGGACGGCCCGCGAAGCCCCAUCCACUUGCAGCCCGUCGCCGCCUCAGUACACGGCUCGCUACAUGGGAUAUCCCGAGACCAGGAGUCCGCCCAGUCUCAGCCCCGGGGAGCCCUGGAAGGUGUGUGUUAACGUGCAAAGUUUCGCCCCCGAGGAGCUCACCAUCAAAACCAAGGACGGCUUCGUGGAGAUAUCAGGAAAACACGAAGAAAAGCAAGAAGAAGGAGGAAUAGUCUCCAAAAACUUCACCAAAAAAAUCCAGUUGCCCAUCGAAGUCAACCCUGUCACAGUUUUUGCAUCCUUGUCUCCUGAAGGAGUCUUAAUCAUUGAAGCCCCCCCUGCAAGACCACCUUGUUAUUACUAUGGGGAUGACAACAUGAGCAUCGAUGCAGAAGAAAAUGGAUUGAGAGGCCAAGAGCAGACUGUUUCUUAAUCUUAACCGACUAUGAAAUUACCUGUCAAAUAUAAAACCUGCCAAAGAAAACAGGGUUAUUACUUUUAUACGAGGCAACAAAGACUGUAUAUAAAUCAUUGUUUGUUUACUUUGA